AUGGAGAACAAACGCAUUUGGAGUGAUGAAGAGACUAAUGCUUUUGUUGGCUUCAUGGAGGAGUUUGUGGUAGAUGGUCAGAGGGCCGACUGUGGGCAGUUCAAACCAGGAACAUGCGAGAAACUUGCUCUAAAGAUGCUGGAGGCCUUCCCCGGUUGUACCCUGACUGCGAAGCACUGCAAGAAUAAGCACAAGCGGUUGAAGGAGAAGUAUCAAUAUGCCGCUGACAUGCUUGGAUGCAGUGGGUUCGGGUGGAAUAAUGAGAAACAAUGUGUCGAGGUUGAUUCGAAAGACGUCCUUGAUGCAUGGUUGAAGGCACAUCCAACGAAGUUCUACAGUCCUGGCAAGCCAUUUCUUCUUUUCCACCGGCUAGAGGGUAUAUUUGGCAGGGAUAGAGCCACGGGAGCAGCAGCAGUUAGUGGCUUCGAUGCGGAGGAACAGGUUAACGAAGAGACGGAAGAGACUACAAUUGGAUUUGAUGACUCUGAGAUGUCUCCACAACCAGAAUUAGACGGAGGCCCAGCAAUGCAAGGACAAGCAUCACAUUCUGAAGCUGGUGCGAGUGCAGGAAGUACAAGGCGAUAUGGGAGGAAGAGAAAGCAAGCUGACGUUUUGGAGAGGAUGGCUGACCAUAUCCAGCAAUCUUCGGCUGACCAAAGGAAGAAUGCCCAACUAAUUGCUGAUGCCAUUGUUGGUGUGAAUGAGAAGUUUAAGGUUGGUGAGAAGCUCGCACAGCUUGGGUUCGGUGAUGACGAUGUGGUGAGGGCGAUUUUGAAGUUUGCUGAGAGUCCUAAUGUGUAUGCACAUUUCUGGGGUUUGACAGAUUCACAGAUGAUUGGCCUUCUGCGUUCCAUUAUAUGA